AUGCCUCUUUGCACUGAAAGAUUAUAUGUUACAUUGUCAUUUAUUCGACCCAAUGAAACUCCACAACAAUGGGCUAUUCGUGUGAGAGUGAAAAUGGGACUAGAUCUUGACGCUUGCAUUUCUCAACUUUUACAGAAACAGUUACUUGCUGAAUCGCUUAUUCGAGAAAUUUGUGAAAAGACCAAAGAAUUACUAAUGCGUGAAAGUAAUGUUGUCCAUAUAUCCGCUCCUGUGACAGUUGUUGGAGAUAUUCACGGGCAAUUCUACGAUUUGAUAGAAAUAUUUAGAAUUGGUGGUUAUUGUCCUCAUACAAAUUACCUAUUUCUUGGCGAUUACGUGGAUCGAGGGCUAUUCAGCGUAGAAACUAUUUCACUAUUGACUUGUCUAAAGUUACGGUACCCGGAAAGAGUUCAACUUGUUAGGGGGAAUCAUGAAUCAAGAGCUGUAACACAAACCUAUGGAUUUUACACCGAAUGCGUAAGAAAAUACGGAACUCCUAAUGUUUGGCAAUAUUUUACCGAUAUGUUUGAUUAUUUGACCUUGUCUGUUGUAAUUGAUGAUAGAAUAUUCUGUGUUCAUGGAGAAAUUCCUCAUGAAGGGCCUAUGGCAGAUUUGGUUUGGUCGGAUCCUGAUCCCGAAAAAGAUGAAUUCGCCAUUUCACCAAGAGGCGCUGGUUACACAUUUGGUGGACAAGUUGUUAAUAGAUUUCUUGAAAUUAAUAAAAUGGAACAUAUAUUACGCGCUCAUCAAUUAUGCAUGGAAGGAUAUCAAGUUUUAUAUAAUGAUUGUCUAUCGACAGUUUGGUCAGCCCCUAAUUAUUGUUAUCGAUGUGGUAAUAUGGCAUCAAUUUUAGAAGUUGGUGUUAAUGGAGAAAGAUUCUUCAAUGUAUUUGAUGCAGCGCCUGAAAAUGAAAGAGAUGGACCAUCCCAACAAAUGAAUUUGGAAAGAAAAAAAAAUCUCUCUGAAAAUUAUUUAAAAAAUAAUUUAUGUAAUUCUAGAAAACUAUAA